AUGUCGUGGGCCGCCGCCACCGCACGUCAGACUGGGUGGCGACGGUGGCUGAAGGGGAGGCCCCGAUGGUCCCUUGACGGCGGCGGCAGAUGCCCCCCCGAGUCGUCACAGGGACGGCGCGGGGUCAAGAAAAGUAGCAACAAAGACGACAGGAAAAUUGUACUUCGAGCUAGAGAAUCUGGCAAGGGUGUUCUUACUGCUCCUUUUAAGCUUCUCGGUAAUCGCAUCGGAGUGAUCUUGACCUUCGCUGUGUACAAGUACGAGCUUCCCUCAAAUGCCAGGCCACAUGAGCGCAUUGAGGCUGCUAUAGGCUAUUUAGGUGGCAUAAUUUACAUUGAAGAGCUUGUUGAUAAGGUGCUUCACGAGGUCGCGGUCAAGCAAUCCAUCAUGGUAAACGUGUAUGAUACUACUACGUAUGACAGACCACUCAGUAUGUAUGGUUCGAAUGAUACAGGGAGUGGCAUGUGCCAUGUCAGCCCACUGUGCCAUGUCAGCACACUGAACUUCAAUGACCCGUCAAGGAAGCAUGAGAUGCACUGCAGGUUCAUUCAGAGCCCACCUUGGCCGUGGAUGGCAAUAAUGUCACCAAUUGGAACUCUUGUGAUUGCUUUACUGAUUGCAACGGCAAUAACAUCAUCAGUUGGAAAUCUUGUGAUUGCUUUACUGAUUGCAAAACGCAUUGCUAGAGUUGAAGACGAGAUGAUUGUGCUCGAGACGCACCCAGAGGAUGCAGUGCCUUCUCUGCUUUUCUACUUGAGAAGAAAGGUAGUGAGCGUCACCCUUCUUGGAUUGAUGCUCUGCAUUCCUGUCAUUGGUGCUUUUGAUCUGCCAUUCAAUCAGAGUUUGGGCAUCAGAAGGGAGGAUGAGAACAUGAUGCUUAACAAAUUCGGUUGGUCUCAUGGUAGGUCGUUGAUUGAUACACUCAAUGGUACAUGGGCUGAAGGUGGUGUGGAGAAUAGUGACAUGAUCAUUGUUGGUCUAAGAGAGAUGACAGGGAAUAAUGACAGUCCUGGGCAGCAGCAGCACCGGUACAAGAUUGUACUUGAUCUGGGCAACGCUUUGCUCUACCUCCACCGGGACUGUGAGAAAUGCAUUGUGCACGGAGACAUCAAGCCUGCAAAUGUAAUGCUUGAUGUGUCAUACAAUGCUAAGCUUGGUGACUUUGGGCUAGCAAGGCUUGUCGAGCAUGGGGAAGAGUCACAAACAACGCAAGUUGUCGCGGGGACACCAGGAUAUAUCGACCCGGAGUUCAUAACCAACCGCUGGCCUCGCGCCGAAUUGGAUGUCUACAGCUUCGGUGUUGUCCUCCUGGAGAUCGCUUGUGGCAAGCGGCCGGCAUGGAGGCAGCCAAAUGGAGCUUCAUCGCUACUAGCCUGGGCCAUUCGUUUGUAUGACCAGGGCAUGAUUCUUGAUGCAGCAGAUCAGAGGCUGAACGGCGAGUUCGACCGGCAGCAAAUGGAGCGCGUGCUCGUUACGGGCCUCUGGUGUGCGCAUCGAGACCCGAUCCAGCGACCGCCCAUCGAGCAAGCUAUGGAUGUUUUGCGACCUGCAGAUGCAGAGUUGCCGGUACUUCGUGCUGUGCAUGAUGAACGGCACAUUCGAGCCAUGGAGGAACAGGCUUAUGGCGACCUGCCAGUCGGGGAUCGUUCUGUGCAUGCAGUGAACACAAGUACUUACUUUACUUCCAAGGAUUCAGCUUAUCUGCUUGCAGAAGAAUGA